AUGUCGGCACCGGAAAAGAAGCAAGAGGCGGACUUCACCACUGAAGUCGACACGCUCAUCCCGGAAGCUCAAUCCCUCGCUUCCAGCAACCAACUGCCAUCUGCCCUCGAAAAAGUGUUCGCACUCGAAAAGAAGUCCCGCAAUGCAGCAGAUCUCACGUCGACCACGCGUUUGCUGCUUCUAGCGAUCUUGUUGGUGCGCAACACCCCCUCGGCGCAGAGCACGAACUGGGACUUGCUGGCGGAUACGGUGACGAGUCUGAGCAAGAAGCACGGCCAGCUCAAGAUGGCAACGACGCGGAUGGUGCAGUUGGUCAUGUGUUUCUUGCACCCUGCUGUGGACCCAGAGGAGGAGCGAAAGCGGGAGCAGGAGGUGAAGGAUGAAGAGAUGAAGGAUCUUGCUGCUGAGAAAGCGGACAAGGAAAAGGAGAAGGCUGCGAAGAAGGAGAAGGAGGAUGGAAAGAAGGAGUCGAAACAAGCGCAGGAGGCGCGGAGGCGACAGGAGGACAUGGAGCAGCGUGAACGCGAGAAGGUCGGCAAGCAGAACGCAAAGGUGCUCGAACUCAUGGACGCCGGCAAACGCAUCGGCGACGCCGGUGUGGAUGACAAGAUCAGGAUGAAGCUCGUCGAGCUCCUACGCACCGUCACAGAGGGCAAGAUCUUUGUCGAAGUCGAGCGUGCCCGUGUCACUCUGCUUCUCUCCAAGAUGCUCUAUGCCCAAGGUAAGGUGCACGAAGCCGCCGACGCCUUGCAAGACCUUGCGGUCGAGACGUUCGGCAGCAUGGACCGUCGCGAGAAGGUCGAAUUCAUCCUCGAGCAGAUGCGACUCAACUACGAACGCAACGACCUCGCCAAGAUGGCCAUCGUCUCGAAAAAGAUCAACACCAAGCUCUUCGACAACCCCAAGCACGCCGAUCUCAAGCUGCGGUACUACGCCCUGAUGAUCGAGUAUGCGCUGCGCGAAGACAAAUUCCUGGACAUCUGCAAGUAUUACCGCGAGAUCUACGAUACCGAAGAGGUGAAGAAGGACGAGGCGAGGCGGAAGGAGGUCAUGCGCAACGUGGUGGUGUUUUUGGCGCUGGCCAAGUACGACAAUGAGCAGAGCGACUUGAUGGCGCGCGUCGAGGCGGGCGUGGCCGAGCUGGACGAGGUGCCGGAACACAAGAACCUGCUCAAGUGCUUCACCACGCCGGAGCUGAUGCGCUGGCCGGGGAUCGAGACGCUCUACGGGCCGCUGCUGCGAAAGUCGCCCACCUUCUCGGCCGCGCCUACCAAGGACUCGAGCAAGGACGGCGCGCACCGGUGGGAGCAGCUCCACAAGCGUGUUGUCGAACACAACAUCCGCGUCAUCUCGUCGUACUACACGCGCAUCACCCUGCUGCGUCUCUCGCAGCUGCUCGACCUGUCCGCCGAGCAGUCCGAGUCCGCCCUGGCGGACCUCGUGUCGAGCGGCACCAUCUUUGCAAAGAUGGACCGCCCCGCCGGGCUGGUCAACUUUGAGAAGAGGAAGAGCAACGCCGACGUGCUGAACGACUGGUCGGCUGAUAUGAACAAGCUCAUGUCGACCGUGGAAAAGGUGACGCAUUUGGUCGAGAAGGAGUGGGCGAUUCAUCGGGCUGGUAUUCGCGGUUGA